AUGGGGGGCGGAUGGUCACCCUAUCUCCCCGUCGGAUGGUUGCCGGCUGCUCCCGUUGCCCCUCCCCGUGUGACCGUGCCUCUCCCUUGCCGCGCCGCUCCCUUCCCUUCCUGGGGCGAGAUCCGGUGGCUGGUGCGCCGGCCCUCCUCGUGGGAUUCGUCGAUGGUGGAGGCGGGAUCCAGUGAGCACGACCUAGAUCCGCCCAUCCACGAUGGUGAUGGCGGCGCGGUGGGCAGGCUACGGCCCCUCCGGCGGCGCACCCCUUCGGCAGCGCGUGCGCAACACCUCGCACGGGCCGCGGUGUCUUACCCAUCACGAUGCGAUACCCAAUCGUUGGCUUAUAUGUUCUGGAUUCUUGGGUACAGUCUCAACGAAGGACAUCAGCUGCUGCAGAGUAAACGGGCUUGCUUUCCGAAGUUGGAAGCCAUUAAGUUGGCAACUGCUGACAUUCUGACAGGAUUAUCCAAAAACAUAAUCACUAUGAAGUGGGAAGACGAUUGUUGUUCCUCUGUUGAAAUUUCUGGGCUCGACAUUGGCUAG